UUGAACUAUCACCACUAAACACGCACACCGUGGAAUACCGAAACUCACGUGGUAUACCGCAACACCUGCGCAUUAUACGACCGCACGCGUUUGGUAUACGAUCUUUUCGAAUUUUAUUUUUAUUUUUUUCAUUUUCGAUCAAUGAAGAAGAUAAUUAGUACAUCUAAAAUUUAACUAAAUGAACGACAACGGUUAGCGAACGAUGUGGUUUUUUGUGUGACUUUUGAACGGCUGUGGUGCGCAAUUGUGUUUAGUUCCUGUUUUCUCCCAAUUUUUCGAUAGCCAAAAUGUUUACACGGUUCGACGCAAACAAAUCAACCAAAGGUGCCAGCAAAUUAAGAAGGGACCUUAUUAAUGCGGAAAUAGCGAAUUUGCGAGAACUGUUACCGUUACCACCGUCAACUAGGCAAAGACUAUCUCAGCUUCAGCUCAUGGCUUUGGUCUGCGUUUACGUUAGGAAAGCAAAUUAUUUUCAGCAAGCCUUUAAAUGCCACGACGUUGGAUUGCAUCAAACACCAACACCCAAUAUAGGAUUCUCUAAGGCGUUAAGUGGGUUUCUAAUGAUGAUGACGCAGAAUGGUAAACUUUUGUACAUAUCAGAUAAUGCUGCAGAGUACCUGGGCCAUUCCAUGGUGAGUGUUUUACAGGAGGAUUUGCUCAUCCAUGGGGAUAGUGUAUACGACAUUAUCGAUAAACAAGACCACCAAGCGAUUCAGUGCGAAUUAGGGAGGCCGGUAGUAAAUGCGGGAACAACUAGUAACUCCAACGAUGAAAUUCGGCUGUUUCUAUGUCGAAUGAACGUAUCUAGGAACGCCAGGAGACAAAUGAGAUUUGGUGAUCAAAAAGUUGUGUUAGUCCAAGGCAAGUAUAUGUCAUUUCUGCCUCUGUGUAGUAGAAACGAGCCAGUAUUCUUAGCCACCUGCACUCCCGUGGCUAUGCCAGAAACGAGGGAAUGCGUGGUGCAAGGGUCCACCAACGUAUUUACCUCCAUUCAUUCCAUGGACAUGCGGUUCAUACACGUGGAUAACAACGGCGAAUUUUACCUGGGCUUUCCGCGAUCGGAACUACGGGGGGUCUCAUGGUACCGACUGCUACAUUGGGAAUGUACUCGCGAAGCCCAAACGAAGCAUAGACUCAUAACCCAGUCGGAACAAGAAAGAUCCUGCAUUCUGCUCGCGCAAUUCCAACGACGUUCUGGUGAAUGGUUAUGGAUGCAUUGCGUACUUCAAGUUAAAGAAAGUUCCGAAAGUAACCAACAACCUGUUAUAGUAUGUACGAACCAAGUGUUAACUGAUGCCGAAGCUGCAGUUAUGAGGAGCAAUAGUUGGUUGUAUCAUUAUUAUUCCGUCCAAAAUAAACUUCAGUAUGGCUUAACGUAUGAUGUUGGACAUUCUUCGAGACUGUUAUACUACCCCGAACACAGCGGACAUGGAACCGUGGAUUUUGCGACCGCACACGAAGCUACCACUUAUCCCCAUUUAGCUGCAAUGCCGGUAGCCCUCCAACCACAAAUAACGCACCACACUGCAACCACACACGCGCACCACAACCAACAUCACCAUCACCAUAGAAGAGCCGACUCCGAACCUGUCGAUUACAGCUACAGCAAAAGAAAACCAAAGGAACCGCAGAAUUUGGAACUGGACGUGGCAAACAUCGAAACAUCUGGAGAUCAUGGAGGAGGCACGAGUGGUCUUCUGGUCAUCUCCCAUUUCAACGAAAGACCAAGAACUUUACUUAAAGUCGAUCCCCACGAAUUAAUGGAUCAAUGGAAUCCUAGUCCGCCAUGGUCAGAUACCCUUCAAAAAGUGCCCGAUUUAUGUCACCAAGAACUGAGCCCUUAUGUGGGAAGCACUCCACCAACACCAACUGCAACACCCAGUACACAAACGGGAAACGCAUUUUCAUUCGAUUGGAUGCCAGAACAAUUUGUACCCACGAUGUCCUUAACAUCUUUGUCGGCGAUGGACGAAACAGAUAAGCAAAUUUACUGGCCUUCUGAACAUAGGCUGUUUCCAUUGCAGCCACCACCAAAAAGAAACCACCCCCAUCCAGGUCGGUCAGAUUCAGCGGACCGAGAUACUCCUUAGCGCUGUGAUAAGUUAUAUUUAUUUUUGCAAUUUCAGUGCAAUAAUUGAAAUAUGAUUCUAAAUGUAUUAAGAGUGGGGCAAUAAUUGAGUGAAGUAAUCGAAAAGGAGCGCGAGACACACUUAAUUUUUCACGGUAAAAAAAACUGCAUUUAUAUCGCGAUUCAAUUUUCGUUUGUAGAUUUAAAUAUUACAGAAUUUUUAUAAGUAUUAUUUUUUAUGGUCAGUACCAACAAUACUUGCGUCAAUAGUAAAUGGCAUUAUUAUAAACUUAUUUUGUCUAUAAUUACCAAUGAUUCCUAUAGUAUGUUUAAUGUUCUACUUUGAAAUUUCCAAGUUUGUUUUAUCUCGAUAUUUUGUAAUAUACAAUCAAUUUUUAUUUAGCAUCCAAAACAAAUAAAUUUGUAAAUACUAAACAACACAUCAAUAAUACGCGAUG